UCCACCACAACCACCAUGUUUUCGAAAGGCUUUCCUCACCUCCUCGCCCUCCUAGCCCUCCCCUUGCUCCUCCUUUCCUGUUCGCUUCUCGCCGCCUCUUCGCACGUCGUCGACUUGACGCCUGCGAACUUCGGCGAAUACGUCGGAGGGGAGAGGGCCGUGUUCGUGAAGUUCUUCGCGCCAUGGUGCGGGCACUGCCAGAAGGUGGCGCCGGAGUAUGAGCGGGUGGCGGGGGCUGUGAAGGACGUGCCGGCGCUGGCUGUGGGCAAGGUGAACUGCGACGAGCACAAGGACCUGUGCUCGCAGCACGCCAUUCGCAGCUUCCCCACCUUCAGAUGGUUCUCCGCCCACCACACCACACCUGAGAACUUCAAAGGCCGGAGGGACGCGGACGACUUUCUCAACUUCAUCAAUGAAAAGCUUGGCACGCGUGUCACUCUGCCCGGCGCGGUGUCCCAUGUGCUGUCUCUGUGCACAGACAGCUUCAACCACGCUGCGCUCGAUGACUCUGUGCACGCGCUCGUCAUGUUCUACACUCAGGGGUCUCGACAGUCCAGAGGCCUUUUUCCUAUGUUUGAGAAGGUGGCAGCUGCAUUCAGGGCGGAGAAAAGUGUGGUGGUGGCACGAGUAGACGUGGACCGAUGCCCCGAGCUCAAACACAAGUACAGCAUCAGCGUCACCCCGGCGCUCAUCUGGUUCCCCCGCCACAACAAGGUGGGCGAGGAGUACCGCAAGGCGCGCUCCGUGCCGGACCUAGUGGCCUUCAUCAACCAGCAGACCGGCGCCCACCGCACGCCUGAUGGCACGCUCUCCCCUGGGUCCGGGCGGCUGCCAGCGCUGGAUGCAUUGGUGGGGGAGUUCAUGGCUGCACAGGGGGAGGGGCGAGGGGAGGUCAGAGCACGGGCCGAGGCCGUGGCUGCAGGGAUGGAUGAGGCGGAGAGAAACAGGGUAGCAGGAGUGUACAGCAAGAUCAUGGGCAGCAUCAUGGAGCAGGGCGAGGAGUAUGUGGCCAAGGAGACGGGCCGACUCACACGCCUGCUGCAAGGGUCCCUGUCCCGUGACAAAGCAGACCAGUUCACGACACGCAGGAACAUCCUGCAAGCCUUCACACAGGCAGCUAGCCCCAAAGAGCUCUAACCCCAUGCAACAGAAGGACUCCAGUACCGGGGGAAGACAGUACUUCCGUGUGCGUUGAAAUAAUUUGUCCAAUGUUGUAGAAGACUUAAGUAUAAAACUAUAGACACAAACACUUGGAAAUCCUCAAGUGUUAGUCCAGGAUCUUUACUGGAAUCGUAGACUAGACAGCGGAAGUCUUGUAAAAUGUAAUAGUCAAGGUUGAAUAACCUGAGUACGUGAAC